AUGGAGGAAUGGCUAAAGCUCAGCCGCGAGAGCACGACAGCAGAAGUGGACGCAACAGAGUACAGAAAACUUGUCGGAAGCCUCCGCUACCUCAUCCACACACAGCCGGAUCUCGCCUUCAGCGUCAGGUUCGUGAGCCACUUCAUGGAGUGGCCAACUCAGGAGCAUAUGACGGCCGUGAAGAGGAUCCUACGCUAUGUUGCCAGGACGAUCAACUACGGUUGCCGCUACAGGAAAGCAGAGGAGGGACAGCUGGUCGGCUACAGCAACAGUGACCUCGCCGGUGACAUUGAUACGCAGAAGAGCACCUAUGGUGCUCUGUUCUUCUACGAUGACAACUUGGGGAAGCCUAAUGACACCGUCAAGCUUAAUGUUGACAACCAAUCAGCUCUAGCACUGAGCAAAAACCCUGUACUCCAUGAGCGCAGCAAGCACAUCGAUGUGCACUACCACUUCAUCAGGGAGUGCUUGGACAACAGGAGUGUCAGUGCAGACUUCAUUGGCACCAAUGACCAGCUCGCAGACCUCUUAAAAAAGGCAUUAGGGCGAGUUUGA